AUGGCAUCUUCCCUUCUUCGCCUGAGCGCUUUAUUGCUCGGUGCAGUUCACUCUGUCACCGCAGUGCCCGUCGAACUCAAUGGCAGAGCCGUGUCCACAUCCGUUCUCUCCCAAUUGGAAUUCUUUUCCGAGUACUCCGCCGCAGCCUACUGUCUCGGCAACAACAACAGCCCCAACACCAAAGUCACCUGCCCACAGGGCAACUGCGCCCGCGUAGAAGCAGCAAACACCACCACGCUCUCUGAAUUUGAGAACAGCAUCGCCUCCGACGUAACCGGCUUCGUCGCAACCGACACAACCAACCAGCUCAUCGUGAUCUCCUUCCGCGGCAGCCGGAGCGUACGCAACUGGAUCACCAACGUGCAAUUCCCCGUGAUACCAACCUCCAUCUGCGCUACAUGUUCCUCGUCACUCGGCUUCUGGAACUCGUGGCUCGAAGCCCAGAAACCGGUUCUGUCAGCUUUGGACACGGCUCGGAAGCAGUAUCCCAGCUACAAGGUUGUGGCUACGGGACAUAGUCUGGGUGGCGCACUGGCUAGUCUUGCAGCGGGCUAUCUUCGCUCGACUGGUGUGACGGUCGAUUUGUACACAUAUGGUGCGCCGAAGAUUGGUCUUGCUGGCGUGUCUGACUACAUCACUGCGACUGGAAAGGGAGAGACGUACCGUGUUACGCACAAGAACGAUCCUGUACCUAAGCUGCCGCCUGCGUUGUUGGGGUACAGGCAUAUCUCACCAGAGUACUAUGUUACUAGUGGGAAUGACGUCGCUGUCAAGGAGGCUGAUGUCAAUGUGCUGACGGGCAACCUGAACUUGAAGGGGAAUGAGGGGGAUUUUGGAGUCGAUGUUGAUGCUCAUUUGUGGUAUUUCGGGGCAAUCAGUUCCUGUGAGGGACAGGAGGGGAUUGAGAUUAAAGCUUAA